GUGCUGUGGUAUAGUGCUGUCCCCAUGGGCCAAGUGUUAUCCCCAGCUGGUGCUUGCCACAAUGACUGCCUGAGUGGGUUGCGAACCAUGAUGGCGGUAGCUGGCAGUGAGAAGAAGGAUGCGAUUCAGCUUGUCACUGUCACAGUACGCACUCUCAAUGGAAAUUGUUGGACGAUGGAUUUCCCGGUGACCGCAACUGGCAGGGAGAUCAAGUCCAAGAUGCGACACAUUUGGAAAGUACCGGAGGCGGAGCAACGACUUUCAAGUGGAGCACAGAUAGUCCAUGAUGAUAUGCAGCCACUGCGCUCAACAUCCUCGCUGCAUUUGACCCGCGUCGCCGCAAAAGAAUCAAGCCAAUCGCUGUGGAAGUCGAGAACCAUGCGCUUUGGUGCGAGGUAUGUCAGGCCUAGCCGACUGGGCUCCGUACGCCUGGUGGGUCAGACCUUUCACGACCGCCGCCGCUGAGAUUCGCUGAGUUCGGUGACGGUAUAGAUCGUCUGGGGAACCGCAUUCUGUGACCCCUGGAAUCCAGUAAAGUGCCAUCCGUGGCAACUCGUUAGCUAUGCAUGUCCCUAACAGAGCCAAGGGAAAUCUGGAUGUAGACUGGUGGAGUACAAAAUGG